UUAGCGCUUCGCGCAUGCGUAUGUAUCAACUAUCCGCCAUGUUGUUCCGAGGUGCCUCGCGUUGCCUUCAGAAUGUUUCUCGAGCUUCUGCUUCAAACCUAUUAAGGAAUGUCGGGAGUUCGCAAAAAUCUGGACUUAGAAAAGUCUGUUCGCUGUCCGGCACAAUGCAUUCUAAAUUACUCCGUGGGACCUUAGGGACGAACCCGUCAUUAUCAGCUGCACAAGAAAAGUAUGGAAAGAGAUUUGCCAAGAAUUUGUGCUCAGUCGCAGUAGCAUGUAACAAUUUGAAUGCUCCUCAAGUACUUGUUGGAUUAUUAGUAGAAGCAGGUAUAGGAACCUCCUCUUUACAAGAAGAUGAUGAAGAGAUGUCAAGCGUUACGGGCAAAGAGAAGCAUAGGCGAAAGCAGUGUUAUUGACAUUAAACUAGCUUACGUAUAGCCGCUGACUCGCGGCGAGUUAGCUGCUUCACGUAAGCUAAUAUUAAACAUAAACUCUGUGUGAUGUAGCUCUAGUUUUAUCUUAAAAUGGUUCAGACAUAUGUAUACAUUUUAUCUUUAGUUUUCUGGAUAAAAUAGGUCAUGUGUUUUUUGUUUGUUUUACCCAUCCUCUGACUCUCUCACAGUUUUAUGUAUGUUAUUAUGUAUUUAAAUCUGUCAUUCAAUUCAUGGCUUGUUACCUUUUUGUACAAAUUAUAAAGAAUAUUGCUGUCAUAAAAGGAGAUAAUGCUUU